AUGAGUGCCGACGAAGGCGGAGAUACAACGCCGAUGCCAGCCACAAACGGCGAGCCCCAUCCGGAUUCGAAUGUGGCCGCGACUCCUGGGAAAAGGAAGCGUUCUACCCAAGAAGAGAAGUCAGGCGCAGAUUCCAAUGCCACCACAGCGCGCGAAAGGGCAAAUCUUCACGAGAACUUGCGGAGCCUCGUUGACCUGCUUUUGAAGCAUGACACCGAACUACAGCUACUCUCAUGUCACUUCCCAAACUCCGGAGCAAAGCCCCGAGCGAAGCGCGCCAAGGUUUCGAGUGACCAGGAAACCUCCAACAUUCAAAAUCGGGUCGAAUCGGACCGCUACAGUACCCUGCAAGAGUUCUUGGCCGAUAUUGAAAGGGCCUCUGCCGCUGUGAUCGAACGCAACCAGAACCAGGCACAUGGCACUAAGACCGACGGCGCACCUCUGACUGAAGUCGUCAACCGUAUCGCAGCGUUCAAAAAACACAUGAACAGCUUGAUCGGCCAAUCAUUCGUCAACCAGCCCGAGGUCAAGAUCGAGUUGUCAGACGACGAGGACAAUGAUCAGAUUCAUUCGACCGUGUCUCAUGUUGGUGCACGCGAAGACAGACAGGCGCUGACUCUGUUUGGCGGAGGCCAGUCAAAUCCGAAGCAGCUGUUUUCAAGUCUGCAGAAGUCGGUUCAAGUGCCUUUACAGUCUUCUGGGUCUGAUGAGCAAAAGUUUGUUGAAGUACACGAGGAACUUCGCGAGGGCGCCUUGCCGAAUGGCAUCGCGGCUUCCAAGGUGGUUCCUUAUAACUUGAACGCCACAAUGCCCCCAAAGAGAACAUUUGGAGAAGUUUUUGGCCCUCGCCCAGGAUUCCCCCCACUGCGCCCUCCGCAAAAACAUGAUUACCAGAGCACCUCGGUAUCCUGGAUCGACCCGUUCGAUGCUGUUUUCGACCCCAAGUCGUUCUUCGGCGAACGCAACAACUACUGCCUUUCCUCGCUUCCUUCUGGCCAAUGGCUGCAAUACGGUGGAGUCACAUCAUCUCCCGCCUUCUGGUCUCGUGUCGAAAAGAACCAUGCCGAGGUCAGGCCGAAGCAUGGCGACCCUGCACUCUGGACUGGUGAUGACUCUUCUCUUCUCCAGGGAGUCUACUCUUCGUUUGCACCCUCAUUCGACAGCUCUGGUGCAGUCCUGGAGGCCGAUUCGAAGGAUAUGGUGUGGUGGGAGAAACGGGGCUCAAAGCGCUUGCGCACCCUCCUCUCUCUACCAUAUCAAGAUCCAGAGGAGGAAGCUACCUCCGUGGAACCGGGCAGCAUUGGUGAUCUCGACGAUGCCGCGCUCGAGGAGAUGAUGAAGGCUUGCGACACUCAGGACUUUUCUUAUGACUUCGAUCAAGAAUACCCGAGCAAAGAGGAUCCGGAGAGCAGGGAUUCUCAAGAGAUGCUCCAAGAGAUCUCCGAAAUGCUGGACACCUUGAGUUCGUACCAGAGAAUCCGUAACCUUAUCGACCCCUUCGAAGGCGAGAAGGAGGAGUCAGAUGAGACACCCGCUCCAGAGUUUGGCACUCCCGAGAACCCGUCGGAUACUGAAAGAGCUGUUUACGAGCAUUUGAAGACGACCCUUAUCUCCAUCAUCGGCAGCCUGCCUCCAUAUGCCAUUGCAAAAUUGGACGGUGAUCAGUUAGCAGAUUUGAACGUCAGCCAGAAGAUUCUCAUAGAGAAUCCAGACUACAGUGGUACUAUGGAGAGGGAUGACUAUACAUUGCACCAAGAACGAGUGGCGUCGAUGGCAGCUGCAUCAAAUGCUGCCAAUCGAACAUCCACGCCUGCCGCGGCACGACCUGGCAGUUUCUCGACGCCACAAACCGCUUAUAACCAGCGUCCUUUUGCAUCCAAUGCUCGUGUCCCUCAAUCACAAGGAGGUUUCCAAGUGCCGCAGAGUGCGCGUCAGCCCUCUGCCUCGGGCUCCUUUACACCUGGAUAUACUGCUGGUCGCCCACCAAGCACUCCCUCCCAACGCCCUGGCUACACUCCGCAGCAGCAGUAUUCGCAGGCGAACUCGCAAUAUAGUCAGGCCAAUAAUGUGCCGCAGUUCCAACGUCCGGUGCAAAACGGUUACUCUGCCCAACAGAGCCAGUCUCCCCAGCCUUAUACCCCACGACCCGGGCAACCCGGAUAUAAUGCCACCCCACAAGGCCGCACUCCGUAUGCCAACGCAGGCCAACGGCAACCGUACACAACUCAGAUUCCUUCACAGGGUGGCUACUCAAACUCCACUUCCGCUGCAACCUACGCACGCAGCGCUGCUGAACAAGCCGCGCUAAUGGACCGUAACAAGGCCCAGCUUGCUGUUCAACAAAGUCGUCAGAGCCCGUCAACACCACAGCCGGGCCUUGAGGCCCGUCAAUCGCAAGAGGGCAGCUUGACCCCAGGCAGCAGACAAAACGGCACACCCGUCGCGUCAUAA